AUUAAGAUAUUGAUCAGCCAUGGGAAGAGGAGGAGCAGCAGCAGCAGCAGCAGCGAGGAAGGGGCGGAGGGAGGCGGCGCCCCGGCAGCGCGGGUCGUCGCCGUCUUCGGACGAGGAGGAGGAGAGGGCCGGUGGUGCCCCGGAGGACGUGCCGAGGGGUCACUUCGUGGUGUACGUGGGGGCCAACCGGAGGCGCUUCGUCCUCCCGAUCGCGUACCUGGACCGGCCGGACUUCCGGCGGCUACUCCGGCAAGCGGAGGAGGAGUUCGGAUUCAAGCACCGGAUGGGGCUCACCAUCCCCUGCGACGAGCUCGCCUUCCGCUCCCUCCUCCUCGCCUGACGCCGGCAUGCGCCACCACCAAACUGCGCACGUACGUCCACGUAUGAUAAAUUGUAAUGCAGCCAGCAAGCGAAAAUAAAAAUAAUAAAAGUAAAAUAAUUAAUUACUCUGUGUAUAAAUAUAUAAAUAAUAAACUGAUGCGAAAUUUAAUUUUUAAAUUUAUGGAGAAAUUAUUGGUAGUUAAUUAAA